AUUCGCGGUGCUAUUCAAGAGUACCAAACGCAACUUAUCGAAUCUGUCAAAGAUGAUAUUGCUAAGCUUCAAGAAAAGUUCACCAAGCAAUAUCUCAAUUCAGAGGCUAAUCACAUGUCUCAGCUUCGCGAUCUUCCAGCUGUUUCUGGAACUAUGAUCUGGGCUCGUCAGAUUGAGCGUCAAUUGCAGACUUACAUGAAGCGUGUUGAGGACGUUCUUGGCAAAGGUUGGGAGAAAUAUGCCGAGGGCCAAAAACUACAAACCGAAAGUAACAACUUUAAAAGGAAAUUGGAUACCAGACCUAUUUUUGAAGCUUGGCACAAGGCAUUUACCGAACGUCGUGACCUUAAUAUAUCCGGCAGAUUAUUUGAGAUCACAAAGAACCGUGCUCAAGGAAAUAUUCUUCAAUUGGGCGUGAAUUUCGACCCUCAAAUCAUCACCCUGUUCAAAGAAGUACGCAACCUGUUGUGGUUAAAUCACCCGGUUCCACAUGCUAUUAGCAGCCUCGCAAAGGUCGCCAAACGUGUGUAUCCCUUCGCCGUCAGUCUCAUGGAAACGGUAAGAACUUAUGCGCAGACUGUACAAAAAGUCAAGAAACAUCCAGACAUAAUAAUGCUCGUGGCCAGUUAUCGUAAUGAUGUACAAACGAUGAUCGCAAAAGGAAUUAAUUAUGAAUGGAGAUACUUCGUAGAAACAUAUGACCGUAAUUUUCGCCCCAACAUGCAUAUCCCGGGCGGCACGUUAGAUCCGCCUGAAAACAAGCAUGACAAGUUCGUGAGAGACUUUGCCAACAGUGUAUCUAAUUUUCAAGAUAAGAUAGAUGCGUUGAUCAAUAGUUACGAGGACAUCACCCGACACAUCGAGGACUUGAAGACCUGUGCAUACAAGAAGGACAAAUUCAGAUCAAAUUUAGAUAAAAUUCAGAAAUUGGCAAGUAUUUUUUUAUCGAUAUUUUUUAAUGUGAUUGACCGUCUGAAUUUCGAGGCUUAUUCAAAUCUUAAUGUUUGGGUUUCGCAACUUGAUAAACGUGUUGAGGAGAUUUUGGCCCGUCGUUUGCAACACGCCAUCUCUUCGUGGACCGUCGAAUUUCUGGCAUCUGGCGAUGAGUCGACGAAUGCUGGGGAGGUUCGGGAAGCGGUUUCGGUCACUGGAAAACGUAUCAAUCCGAAACGGAAAAGUGCAAGGAGAGAUUCGAUUGAUGGCGAUAGGCCGACGAUUGUCAAAUCAGAGAAACCUAUCCUCGAGGUCUCCGUCCAUGAAGUCCGAAUCCAUAAUCAAGUAAUCUGUUUGGACCCACCAAUUGAAGAAUCUCGGACAAAGUGGUAUAAUCAAUUACACAAAUGGCUUU